ACAACGCAUAGAUUCUAGUUGAUUAAUUACUAAAAGCAAUGAUAAAUAUUUUAGAAAAGUUAGACAAAAUUCUACAUAUCAUCAAAUCUUCUCCAAAAUAGUUUCUCAAUAUUCCAUGAAAUUUUCCAAAAAUACUGAUUCAGUCACCCUGAAAAUCUCAUAUAAGAAGAAUAUAAGCAGACAAAACUUUACAGAGACAAUACAACUUAAUUGUGUAAAAACAACUAAAUCUAAAUUAUAUUCAAAUCUAAUGCAUCUUUUUUGUACUAUACCUAUGAAUUAUGAGAUGCAUGUUGUUUUACAGGAAACAUAUCCAUGUCUGAGUCAUUACCUGCCCAACACUGCCCCUUACUGUAAACAAACUAACACAUCUUGCAGUUUAUCUCACACAUAUUGUGCGUAAAUACUAAAUACUAAAAGUAACAGAACUUUUAUCACCUUCUGUACAGUUGGAAAUUCACAUUACAUAAACAUACAGCAAAUGUUUACUAAAUAAGAUCAAUUGUGUUUUUGGCUUCUAUUCUUGUUCAGACUUGGAACUUGAAUCCAAAUUACAUUUUUAUCCAGUUUCCCUUUUUAACAAGUCACAUAUACACCCUGUCUAAUGUACAGUUUUCGUGAAUGAAGUUAUAAAACAUUUUUGGGGAAAAGCUUAUGUAUCAUAUUGGUAUCACUGGUAUCAUGAAAAUAGAAAAAGCCUCAUUUGUUAAUUCUUCUUAAUUGUGUGUGCUUGAGGCCAAACUUCUAUGUUUGAAAUCUUUGUCAUUCAGAGGAUAAAAGGUUGAUGGACAACUUGUCUUUUGUUUGUAUUUGACCUUGAAGGUUUGGAUUCUGACGGGUCAGCACAACUAAAGGUCACUGGAUCUCUGUUUAUGUGUAAACUCCUUCCUUCAAACCAAUAGGAGCUGAGGACUGUGGUAUCACAUACCCUCAUGCCUGUGUCCCUUCUUCCCACACAACAACCUAUAAAUAUAAGCUCACAUCAUUCCACUUGUCUUUCUUUUUGGAUUUUGACGUGUGUGGAGCAAAGCCGGCAAGAUGGUUUCUCAGGGGAUUCAGAUCAUUGGUAUAUCUAUGGCUGUGAUCGGUUGGUUCAUGGUCAUCGUGGUGUGUGCCUUGCCAAUGUGGAAGGUCACUGCUUUCAUUGGAGCCAACAUUAUCACAGCUCAGACCGUCUGGCAGGGCAUGUGGAUGAACUGUGUGGUGCAGAGUACAGGACAGAUGCAGUGCAAGGUGUAUGACUCCAUGCUGGCUCUGCCACAGGACCUGCAGGCCGCUCGUGCCAUGAUUGUCAUCUCCAUCCUGACUGGAAUCUUUGGAUUGGUCGUGUCAGUCGCUGGUGGGAAAUGCACUAACUGCAUUGAGGACGAGCGAUCCAAGGCGAAGGCUUGCAUCCUGGCUGGAGUUUUGUUCAUCGUCUCGGGGUUGCUCUGUCUCAUUCCAGUCUCCUGGUCUGCCAACAGCAUCAUCAACAAUUUCUACAACCCACUGUUGAUCGAAGCCCAGAGACAGAGCCACUUCACCAUGGGGAGGAUUGGCAAGGAAGUGGCAGGUCAGGUCAUAAGCUUCAUAGGCUUUGUUGGGGUGGCGGUGACCUGUGGGAUCCCCAUGUGGAGAGUGACUUCCUACAUUGGAGCCAACAUCGUGACUGGCCAGAUAGUGUGGGACGGUCUGUGGAUGAACUGUGUGAUGCAGAGCACCGGCCAGAUGCAGUGCAGGCUGAAUGAGUCUGUUAUGAGGCUCUCCAGUGAUCUACAAGCUGCCCGAGCGCUGGUCAUCAUCUCCCUCAUCUUUGGCUUCAUCGGCUUUGUCAUCAGCUUCAUUGGAGCCAAGUGCACCGGCUGCCUGAAGAGCGAUUCAUCAAAGGCCAAGGUGGUCAUCAUAAGCGGCUGUCUCAUCAUUCUUUGCGCCAUCCUGGUCCUGAUCCCUGUUUGCUGGUCUGCAGCCAUCACCAUCACAGACUUCCAGAACCCCUUGACCAUUGAGACACAGAGGAGGGAAAUCGGAGCCUCCAUCUACAUCGGCUGGGCCUCUGCUGCAUUUCUUCUGAUCGGUGGGAUCAUCCUUACCACAUCCUGUCCUCCUCAGAAAUCCAUGUAUGGAUACCCUGGCUACCCACCAGCACCUAUGUACCCUUACGCAGGCCCAGUGGCAAACCCAGCAACGUAUGGCCCUGUGUAUGUUCCCCCAUCCAGUCAACCAUACACAGGGGCGGGGUCAUAUGUACCCACCAAACCAUAUGGAGCACCAACCACAUACUCUGCUAGACAGUACCUCUAACUGAAAGGACCGAAAGAGGAUAAAGACUUUUUGCCAAGAUUUCUGCCAGGAUGGCUUCAUGAACUUGUUAUGCCAUUAUAAAGUAAAAUUGCACCAAAAAAUGCACAUUGUAAUUCUAAAGGAUAGUAUCUAUUCCAAUAUAUCCUAGGAAUUAAUUCACUGAAACAAUCACUGUGACAUUUGAUUAUUAGGAAUCUUCUGUAAAAUGUUUUCUCUUUUGGAUUGAUUUUGUGCUUUAAAGUAGAAAUCUUUCUAGUUUAUAAAGUCUUGAUAUAAGAGGAAUAUUGUGUCAACGUGGCUGUGACAGUUGGAUUGGUUUUCAAGUGAAUCGAUAUAUUUAUUUUCUUGUCAUACAGAGCAGAUUUUUUUGCAUGAUUUUGUGAUGAUUUGUGAUGUUUGAUUUCUUGUAAAUGUCACUUUAUUUUUGAGAUUUCAAUAAAAUGUUUGUAAUAUA